AUGGCGAAAGAGCGUAGCAGCUAUUCUGACGUGGGCUCCUCGGAUAGGCUGAUAUUGGAUCAGCAGCAGCAGCGAUGGGCUGACGUGGCAGCUGACAUGGACUUCCUGACUAGGACGGUUCGGCUGGUGCAGUGGUACCCGGGGCACAUAGCGAAGGCGGAGAGGGACCUCAAGGAGCAGCUGCGGUGGGUGGACGUGGUGAUUGAGGUGCGCGACGCCAGAAUACCGCUCGCCACCACGCACCCGCAGCUGGACGAGUGGAUAGGCGGCAAGCCCAAGGUGCUGGUGUUGAACCGAGAGGAUAUGGUGACAACAGGGGACAGAAAGGCGUGGGCGGAAUACUACGGGGGACAGCAGGAUGUCGCUGGCUUUUGCUUCACAGAUGGGCAGCAUGGGUCGGGCAUUCUGAAGCUCACUCGCCAGGCCAUGAGCGUCAGCAAGGCCAUCAACACUCGCAGACGAGACAAAGGACUCCGCCCGCGCGCUGUGCGGGCAGCGGUGGUGGGAUUCCCCAACGUGGGCAAGUCAGCAGUCAUCAAUCGUCUGCUCAACCGCCGAGUCGUUGCCAGCGCUCCCAGGCCCGGGGUCACACGGGAGGUCAAGUGGGUGCGGUUGGGAGAGGGCCUGGACCUGCUAGACGCGCCGGGAGUGCUGCCAGCAAGAAUAGCGGACCAGGCAGCAGCAGCACGGUUGGCCAUGUGCAACGACAUUGGUGAAGCGGCUUAUGCUGUCGCUGGCGUGGCUGCUAUUCUGGUGGAGCUGCUGAAGAGACUCCCUACUGCUGGGCCCCACGUGCUGUCCAGCCGGUACAAGAUCAAAGCAGACAGCUUAACUGGCGAAGAGUUCCUAGAGGCACUGGCAGACCGGCUGUGCAUGGGGGAUGUGAACCAGGCGGCACACAGAGUUCUCAAGGAUUUCAGAAGAGGGGCGUUUGGCUGGAUUGCCCUGGAGAGGCCUCCUGUGUGA